AUGCAAUUACAUCAAUUUCAAUGCUGGGUUUUAGAAUUGAGAGAGGUAGUUAGAGAAAUCAAGAAUUCUCCCUAUUUUUUAGAUUCGUUGGCUCAAUUCAAUUCAGCUGUAUCUUUCAUUCACAUUUUUUUCCAUCAAGAGAGUUUGAUAAAACUAUUAGAUUUUCGAAUUUGGAAUAUAGUACUUUCACGCAAUUCGCAGAGUUCAACAAGUAAUCGAUAUCGAUAUUUCACCAUCAAAAAUAUAGUACUCUUUCUAGUCGCGAUCCUUAUAUAUCGUAUUCACAACCGAAAGAUGAUAGAAAGAAAAAAUAUCUAUUUGACAGAAUUUCUUCCUAUACCUAUGAAUUCCAUUGGACGCAGUAAUGAUACAUUGGAAGACUCAAAGGAUUCUUUCAAUAUCAAUAGGUUGAUUGUUCCGCUCCUGUAUUUUGCAAAACGAAAAAAGAUCUCUGAGAAAUCUAGUUUUAUUCAAGUAACGGAUUCUAGCCAAUCUUCCGAUGAAUUCGGGGAUCAUAUCAAUUCCAUUAGGAAUCCCACAAGAGACAAUCCUUCUUUUUUCUCUGAUAGAUGGUCCGAACUUCAUCUGGAUUUGAAUCCUACUGAGAGAUCUACUACAAAUCAGAAAUUAUUUAAAAAAGAAGAAGAUGUUUCUUUUGUUCUUUCGAGGCAAUCGGAAAAUAAAGAAAUAGCCAAUCUAGUUAAGAUAAUUAUGUAUUUACAAAAUACUGUCUCCAUUCUUCCGAUUUCAUCCGAUUCAAGAUGUGAUAUGGUUGCGAAGGAUGAACUUUAUAGUUCCGAUAAUAUUUCAUUCUUGAACAAAAAUCUAUUUUUAGGUUUAUUUCAUCUAUUCCAUUACCGGAAUAGGGGGGGGUACUUGUUACACCACGAUUUAAAAUCAGAAGAGAGAUUUCAAGAAAUGGCAAAUCUAUUCAAUCUAUCAAUAACCCAGCCGGAUCUGUUGUAUCAUAAGGGAUUGUCUUUUUCUAUUGAUUCUUCUGGAUUGUAUCAAAAACAAUUCUUAAAUGAGGUAUUCAACUCCAAGGAUGAAUCAAAAAAAAAAUCCUUAUUGGUUUUACCUCCUCUUUUUUAUGAAGAGAAUGAAUCUUUUUAUUCAAGGAUCAUCAAAAAAUGGGGCCAGACAUCUUACGGGAAUUGUUUGGAAGACCGAAAACCCAAAAUAGUGGUAUUUACUAAAAACCACAUAAUACAGUCAGUCAAUCAAUAUGGAUUGAUCCGAAAUCAGAAGAAAAGGUUUGAUCCUCUUUUUUAUAUUUAUCGAAGCGAGAGAUCCAUGAAUAGGGAUCAAAAUUCAUAUAAAUACAAAUGGUCCAACGGAAGCAAGAAUUUCCAGGAACAUUUGGCCCAUUUCAGUUCUGAGCAAAAUAGCCAUUUUCAAGUAGUGUUCGAUCGAUUCCAUAUUAAUCCAUAUUCAAUUGAUUGGUCUAAGGUUUUCGACCAAAAAGAUUUGUUUACUUCUUUAUUUUGGUCCAAGUUUCUUCCCUUUUUGUCUAACUCACUUCGUUUUUUCUUUGUGAGUUUUGGGAGUAUCCCGGUUCAUAGGUCCGAGAUCCACAUCUCUGAAUUGAAACGUCCAAAUGAUCCACUCGGGAAUCCAUUGUUAGAAUCAAUAGGUCUUCAAAUCGUUCAUUUGAAAAAAAAGAAACCCUUCUUUUUGGAUGACCAUUCUACUUCCCAAAAAUCUAAAUUAUUGAUCGAUGGAGGAACAAUAUCACCCUUUUUGUUCAAUAAGAUACCAAACGGGAUGGUUGACUCAUUGCAUAAUAGAAGCAAAUCAUUGGAUUUCAAUUUCUCAACGAUAUCCCACGAUCAAGACAAUUGGCUGAAUCCCGUGAAACCUUUUUAUCGAAGUUCAUUGAUAUCUUCUUUUUAUAAAGUAAAUCGACUUCGAUUCUUGAAUAAUAAAUAUAACUUCUGUUUCGAUUGUAACAAAAGAUUCUCUUUUUAUGUGGAAAGAUCCUGUAUCAAGAAUUAUGAUUUUAUGUAUGAACAAUUCCUCAAUACUUUGUUCAUUCGAAAUAAAAUAUUUUCUUUGUGCAGUGGUAAAAAAAAAGAUGUUUUUUUGGAGAAAGAUACUAUUUCACCAAUCGAGUUAGAGGUAUCUAAGAUAUUGAUACCUAACAAUUUUCCGCAAAAUGGUGAUGAAGAAUAUAACUUGUACAAAUCUUUCCAUUUUCCAACUCGAUCUGAUCCAUUGGUUCGUAGAGCUAUUUACUCAAUCGAAGACAUUUCUGGAAUACCUCUAACAGAGGAAGAAAUAGUCAAUUUUGAAAGAACGUAUUGUGAACCUCUUUCUGAUAGGAAUCUACCUAAUUCAGAAGGGAAGAACUUGCAUCAGUAUCUCAAUUUCAAUUCAAACAUAGGUUUGAUUGACAUUCCAUAUUCUGAGAAAUAUUUACCAUCCGAAAAGAGGAAAAAACGCAUUCGUCGAAACAAACGCCUUGCGAAAGGAUAUAUGGAUAGAGCUUUUCAAAGAAAAAAACAAAGAAAAAAAAGAAAGAGGUCUUUCUCAAAAUGGAAACGAUUCUACCCAUAUAUAAUAGCAUGGUUACUUACUUCGACAGGGCACAUAAAUAUAAAAUUGAUAUUUAGAGAUGCUUUUUCAGACCUAUUGAGGAUACUAAAUAGAAAUCCUAAAUUUCUAAAAUUGGUAUACAUUUUUAAUGAUAUUAUGUAUGAAUCUGAGCGAAUUCUUCGGGAAAAAGUGCUUCUUUUAAAACGGAAUCCUAUAAGUGCGAUUUCGAGUAAGUGGUUACAUAAUUAUAUUCUGGAGUUGUGCGACAAAAUUUAUCAUGUAAAUAAUGAGUCACCAUUCAUAUCGACACAUCUGAGAUCGCUAAAUAUUCAAGAGUUGCAAUUUUUAAUUCUUUUCUUUCUUCUUAUUACUGGAUAUCUCAUCCUGGGACAUCUUAUUGUUACUUCUCGAUUCUCUAGUCAGUUACAGGCAGAGUUUGAACAGGUCAAAUCUUUUAUGAUUCCAUCCUACAUGAUUGAGUUACGAAAACUUUUGGAUACGUAUCCUCCAUCCGAACUGAAUUCGUUCGGGUUAAAAGAUAUCUUUCUAGUUGCUCUGGAAGGAUUAGGAAGUUUUCUAAAAGAAAUACGAGCUUCUUAUUCUGGCGGUAACAUGCUAAGUGGUGGCGAUCCGGCUUAUGGGGUUAAAUCUGUACGUUCGAAGAAGAAAUAUUUUAAUAUCAUCGAUCUCAUAAGUAUUAUACCAAAUCCCAUGAAUCGAAUCGCUUUUUUGAGAAAUACGAGACAUUUAAGUCAUACAAGUAAAAUGAUCUAUUCCGUGAUAAGAAAAAGAAAAAACGUGAAUAGUGAUUGGCUUGAUGAUAAAAUAGAAUCCUGGAUCUUGAACAGUGAUUUCAUUGCUGAUAAAGAAAGAGAAUUCUUGGUUCAGUUCUCUACCUUAACGACAGAAAAAAGGAUUGAUCAAAUUUUAUUGAGUCUGACUCAUAGUGAUCAUUUAUCAAAGAAUAACUCUGGUUAUCAAAUGAUUGAGCAACCGGGAACAAUUUACUUACGAAAUUUAAUUGACAUUCAUAAAAAGGAUCUAAUGAAUUAUGAGUUUAAUACAUCCUGCUUAGCAGAAAGACGGAUAUUCCUUGCUCAUUAUCAGACAAUCGCUUAUUCAGAAACCCAGCCUGGGCCUAGUUGUUUAGAUUUCCCAUCUCAGGGGAAACCCUUUUCGCUCCGCUUAGACCUAUCCCCUUCUAGGGGUGUUUUAGUGAUAGGUUCGAUAGGAACUGGACGGUCCUAUUUGAUCAAAUAUCUAGCGACAAACUCCUAUGUUCCUUUCUUUACAAUAUUUAUAAACAAGUUCCUGGAUAACUAUCCUAAGGGUUUCACUAUUGAUCCUGAUGAGGAGAGUGCUUUUGAUGAUAGAGAGGGUACCAUUUAUAGUCUUUUACCUAGUAAUGAGGGUAGUUGCUAUAAUUACGAUAGGAAUGAUAGUGACGAUAUCGACCGUAACUUUGAUAGACAGUUGAAGUUUCUAAGUAUGAAGCAUCCAAUAUCUAGGGAUAUGAGGCCGGAACUAGACCUAUUUUAUCUCACCCUUCAAUUCGAAUUAGCAAAGGCACUGUCUCCUUGCAUAAUUUGGAUUCCAAACAUUCAUGAUCUGGAUAGGAAGGAGUCGAAUGACUUAUCUCUCGGUUUAUUAGUGAACUAUCUCUCCGGGGAUUCUGAAACAUGUUCUACUAGAAAUAAUCUUGUUAUUGCUUCGACUCAUAUUCCCCAAAAAGUAGAUCCCGCUCUAAUAGCUACGAAUAAAUUGAAUACAUGCAUUAAGAUACGAAGGCUUCUUAGUCCACAACAAAGAAAGAACUUUUUCACUCUUUCAUAUACUAGGGGAUUUCACUUGGAAAAGAAAAUGUUCCACACUAAUGGAUUCGGGUCCAUAACUCUGAGUUCUAAUCUACGAGAUCUUGUAGCACUUACCAAUGAGGCCCUAACAAUUAGUAUUAUACAAAAGAAAUCGAUUAUAGACACUAAUAUAAUUCGAUCUGCUCUUCAUAGACAAACUUGGGAUUUUAGAUCUAAGAUAAGAUCGAUUCAGGAUCAUGGGAUUCUUUUCUAUCAGAUAGGAAGGGCUGUUUCACAAAAUUUACUUUUAAGUAAUUGCUCCCUAGAUCCUAUAUCGAUCUAUAUCAAGAAGAAAUCAUGUCAGGGGGGGGAUUCUUAUUUGUACAGAUUCUACUUCGAACUUGGAACAAGCAUGAAGAAAUUAACGAUACUUCUAUAUCUUUUGAGUUGUUCUGCUGGAUCCGUCGCUCAAGACCUUUGGUCUCUACCCGGACCUAAUGAAAAAAACGGGAUCACUUCUUAUAGACUCAUUGAGAAUGAUUCUGAUCUAAUUCAUGGCCUAUUAGAAGUAGAAAGCGCUCUGCUGGAAUCCUCACCGAAAGAAAGUCCGUUUGAUAAUGAUCGAGUGAUAUCCCUUCUUCGGCCCAAACCAAGAAACCCAUUAAAUAUGAUUCAAAAUGGAUUUCGUUCUAUCCGUGAUGAGAGAUUUCUCUAUGAAAAAUAUGAAUCGGGUUUUGAAGAAGGGGAAGGAGUCCUCGACCCGGGACCUCUAGAGGCGGAUUUAUUCAAUCACAUAGUUUGGGCUCCUAGACUAUGGCGCCCUUGGGAUUUUAUAUUUGAUUGUAGCGAAAGGUCCAAUGAAUUGGGAUUUCCCUAUUGGGAAAGGUCAUUUCGGGACAAGCAGAUGAUUUAUGAUGAAGAGGAUGAGCUUCAAGAAAAUGAUUCAGAGGUCUUGCAGGAUGUAACCAUGCAGUACCAGACACGAGAUAGAUCUUCCAAAGAACGGGGCGUUUUUAGAAUAAGCAAAUUCAUUUGGGACCCGGUGGAUCCACUAUUUUUGCUAUUCCAAGAUGAUCCCUCUGUCUCUGUGUUUUCACAUCGAGAAUUCUUUGCAGAUGAAGAGAUAUCAAGGAUACUUUUGACUUCACAAACCAAAAAAAUUUAUUGGAAAUAUCUAAAUAAACGCUGGUUUAGGAAAAAUACGCCAGAAAAGUAUUUCGAAUUGUUGAUUGAUCGCCAGAGAUGGCUUAGAACCAAUAGUUCAUUAUCAAAUCGAUUUUUACGUUCUAAUAUUCUAUCCGAGAGUUAUCAAUAUUUAUCAAAUCUAUUCCUAUCUAACAGAACCCUAUUGGAUCAAAUCACAAAGACAUUGUUGAAAAAAAGAUGGCUUUUCCCAGACGAAAUGGCUGUUACUAUCUGUUCCAAUAACGAAUCAUCGGUUUAA